CACGGUUAUUGUGUCAACGGACAAUUCAUGUGCUAACCAUCCAUUUCUUACAGAAAUCGAGCUCUACCGGCUAGAGCAGCGCUAUGCUCGUCGCAAACACCGCAGCACCUUUUCAGGGGUUCCCUACGUCGACGGGGAAUACGUCUACGUCAGCGGAUCCAACUCCUCGUCAGGGACCGUCUCCAAGCACUCGACAGGCAGCUACUGGAAGGCCUCUACGUGGGGAUCGUCUGGCGACUCGCGCUGGCGGUGAUGCACCUUUUUCGUCAUUCUUCAAGCGCUGUCUUUUCGUUUUGCUCGACUACCAAUCCUCCUCAUAAUGUCCAUGUCGAGGAUGCGACGACCUAUCCUUGUUUUUCAUUCAUGGGUGAAGAAAGUGAACGCAAAAAGUUCAUGUUAUCUUUCUCUACUUCCCUCCUUCGGUACUCCGUUUUGGCCAUUGGCUUCAGCCGCGACAUUUGAAAAAGCUAGCGUUGCAUAUUCGAUCAGCCGUUUGGUUUGGUUUGCUCUCAUCUGCGCAAUUGCUUGUCAAAUUGACUACUGCCUGCCGUACCAUCAACGCGCGUCUCGGGCCGUUGGUCCAAGGGCCAUCGAAUACUUUCUUCCCGAAACUAUCUUGGAGUUAUCUGGCAUCAUCUUAUUGACGCGAUUUAUGCCUGUUUGCUUUUUGGCUACAAGCACUUCUUUUUGCUACAAUCCUUCUGGAUCCUUUCCGCUCUGUUCUAGAGUUGGCGAGAUAGAGCUUUGUGCUGCCAUUUUUUGCACUUCACAUACCCCUCAAGCCCAUUAGCGAGUCGUUCUUGACUUGACUUGUUGGUGUAUCAUUUCUUCACACCCUUUUUCGCCGAUUUGAGGCCAUGCGCCUUACUGUACAUAGGCUUUUAUAUUCCAAUCAAGAGAUACGACGAUCAC